AUGUUCAAUGAACAUGAAAAAGCUCAUCUGAUAGUCCAGUUGAGAGCUGCGCUGCAGGAGGCAGUAGUAAAGUGCUCAGAGCGAUGUUUAUAUCAGUCUGCAAAAUGGGCAGCAGAGCUCCUGACAUCGAUUCCUACCCCGGACGAGCCCUCUGAACCGGAGGACUCUCAAAUGACCGAGGUCACAACGGAAGGACUACCUCCAAUUGUCGUGACUGGCAAUCUCGACCCGGAGGAAUCAGCACUUGAGGCGAAAGAGAUAAAUCAAUAUCUUCUAGCGAAGUCAUUCUUCGAUUGUCGAGAAUUCGAUCGAUGUGCGGCCGUCUUUCUGCCAGAUACGGUUCUGGCUGGAAUUUUGUCCUCAACAUCGUCAAACACUGCUCAAAAUAUUGCGUCUCCGAAAGGAAAAGGCAAAGCCAAAGCUACGUUAGGACGAAAUAAUAGUUCCCUGGCAGCGGAUAUACCGAGAAUGAGUCAGAAAAGCAUGUUCUUAGCUCUAUACGCGAAAUAUAUGUCUGGCGAGAAAAGAAAAGAUGAAGAUAGUGAGAUGGUCAUGGGUCCUCACGACGGUGGGAGUGCAGUUAACAAGCAGUUGGUGGCCAUAAGACAGUUUCUAGAGAAAUGGUUUCACGAAAGAUCAAAUGAGGCCGGGGAGGUAAUUGGAAGCCAAGGAUGGUUAGAGUAUCUGUACGGCAUGGUCUUAUCAAAAGAUAAAAGCGAGGAAGAAGCUAUGCGCUGGCUGCUACGAAGCGUCCAUCUUUAUCCGAUGAAUUGGGGAUGCUGGUUGGAGAUGACCUCCUUGAUCGGACGGGUGGAAGACUUAAAUCGAAUCUCCCAGCACCUCCCACAAAACAUAGUUUCCUUUAUAUUCCAUCUCCACACCUCACUCGAGCUCUAUCAAUCAACCCCAACAUUAUCCAGCGAGCUGGAGCAACUGCUCUCCAUCUUCCCAACCAGUCCCUUCCUCCUUACCUGCUUAGCCCUCCUCGCAUAUCACACCAAAGACUUUGUAGCCGCCGACUCCCACUUUAGCAACCUGCUCGCGCUCCAUCCCCACAGACUCGACUCCCUCGACCACUACUCCAAUAUCCUCUACGUCAUGAAUCUCCGCCCCAAGCUAUCCUUCCUCGCACACCUCUGCUCCAGCAUCGAUAAAUUCCGCCCAGAAUCCUGCGUAGUGAUAGGAAACUACUACUCCCUUCUCUCCUCUCAUGAAAAAGCUGUACAGUACUUCCGGCGCGCACUAACCCUCGACCGCUCGUGCCUCAGCGCAUGGACCCUUAUGGGACACGAGUACGUGGAAUUGAAAAACACCCAUGCGGCCAUCGAAUCAUAUCGUCGGGCUGUGGAUGUUAAUCGGCGUGACUACAGAGCAUGGUACGGUCUAGGGCAAACAUACGAAGUUCUUGAAAUGCACGCGUACGCGUUGUGGUACUACAAACGCGCAGCAGGCUUACGGCCCUGGGACGGGAAAAUGUGGAUGGCUGUGGGAUCAUGUCUCCAGAAGAUGAGCCGUGAUCUUGAAGGGAUCAAAGCCCUCAAAAGAGCUCUCCUAGCGGACAGCUAUUACGACGCUGGUGUUGGGAGUUCAUUCGGGAGUGGUGGCGGCCGAGAAAGGGGAGGAGCAAUGGACCCAGAAAUCCUGCUGCAGAUCGCGGGCAUGUACGAGCGGCUGGAUGAUGAGCAGGAGGCGAGAGCUUAUAUGGAGAUGUGUGUCGCGCAGGAGGAGGGCGCUGCCGAGAGUCUCGAUACGAGCGUUAUUAACAUCCACACCGAUGCUACGUCUUCAGAUGACGAGUCAAGGCCUGCUUUUGGCGGAGGGGAAAAUACAGGGCCAGCAACUGGAACGGGCGUAACGGCUGCUACGUCCAAGGCUCGCAUGUGGCUUGCGAAGUUUGCCAUGCGGAGCGGUGAUUAUCCCAGGGCGAUGCAACUCGCGACCGAACUGUGCCAGGACGGCGUCGAGGUUGAGGAGGCGAAGGCGUUGGUUAGGGACGUUAGGGUAAGGCUAGAGGUUGGGAAUUCUUAG